UCUGGCUUCUCAGGGGCGUGGCUGCUGAGAGCAUCUCUGCUAGCCAAGCCGGAGCUGGAGACGCGCUUUGUUCUGGUGGCUGCUGCCUGCACCCUUCGGCGUCUGGGUCGGCCCCUCGCUUCCCAGCUCCCUCCUCCCGUCCAUCCCCUGUAUCUGGGCCUGCAUUCCCUUUCCCAACCGCUUCGUCCUACCUAGAUCCUGUCCUUCCCUCUCCCAAACUACUGGCCAGCGCCCUUGCCUGGUACCCUGCUCUCCAUCCCUCCCUCCUGCAUCUUCUUCCCCCUGACCUCCUCUCGGGUCCCCUUUUCCCCAAGGUCCGGGUCGCUCCGCUCCGCUAGGUCCCGCCCCUCCAGGCCAGGGAUGCCCUCUGCAGCCCCGCACCCAUGGUCCUGACGCUGCUCCUCUCCGCCUACAAGCUGUGCCGAUUCUUCGCCAUGUCAGGCCCACAGUCGGGCGCCGACCGGCUGGUGGUGCCGGGGCCGGACGGGAGCGGCAGCGCGGGGCCAUGGUGGGUCGCGGGCGGCCGCGGGCCGCGCGAGGUGUCGCCUGGGGUGGGCACCGAGGUGCAGGGCGCCCUGGAGCGUGCGCUGCCGGAGCUGCAGCAGGCGCUGACGGCGCUGAAGCUGGCGGGUAGCGCGCGGGCUGUCGGCGUCGGCUUGGCGGAGGUCUUCCAUCUGGUAGAGGAGGCCUGGCUGCUGCCGGCCGUGGGCCGCGAGGUAGCCCAGGGUCUGUGCGACGCCAUCCGCCUGGACGGCGGCCUCGACCUGCUGCUGCGGCUGCUGCAGGCGACGGAGCUGGAGACGCGCGUGCAGGCCGCACGCCUGCUGGAGCAGAUCCUGGUGGCUGAGAAUCGGGACCGCGUGGCGCGCAUCGGGCUGGGCGUCAUCCUGAACCUGGCAAAGGAACGCGAGCCGGUGGAGCUGGCUCGGAGUGUGGCCGGCAUCUUGGAGCACAUGUUCAAGCACUCGGAGGAGACGUGCCAGCGGCUGGUGGCGGCCGGAGGCCUGGAUGCGGUGCUGUACUGGUGCCGCCGCACAGACACGGCGCUACUCCGCCACUGCGCGCUGGCGCUGGGCAACUGCGCCCUGCACGGGGGCCAGGCGGCGCAGCGCCGCAUGGUGGAGAAGCGCGCCGCCGAGUGGCUCUUCCCUCUCGCCUUCUCCAAAGAGGACGAGCUGCUGCGGCUGCACGCCUGCCUCGCGGUGGCGGUGCUGGCUACCAACAAGGAGGUGGAGCGCGAGGUGGAGCGCUCCGGCACGCUGGAGCUCGUGGAGCCGCUCGUGGCCUCCCUGGAUCCCGGCCGCUUCGCCCGCUGCCUGGUGGACGCCAGCGACACCAGCCAGGGCCGCGGGCCCGACGACCUGCAGCGCCUCGUGCCGCUGCUCGACUCCUCGCGUUUGGAGGCCCAGUGCAUCGGGGCGUUCUAUCUGUGCGCGGAAGCUGCCAUCAAGAGUCUGCAGGGCAAGACCAAGGUAUUCAGUGACAUUGGUGCCACCCAGAGCCUGAAACGCCUGGUUUCCUACUCCACCAAUGGCACCACCUCAGCGCUGGCCAAGCGCGCGCUGCGCCUGCUGGGCGAGGAGGUGCCGAGGCCCAUCCUGCCCUGCGUGCCCAGCUGGAAGGAGGCCGAGGUCCAGACGUGGCUGCAGCAGAUCGGCUUCUCCCAGUACUGCGAACGCUUCCGGGAGCAGCAGGUAGAUGGCGACUUGCUUCUGCGGCUCACGGAAGAGGAGCUCCAGACGGACCUGGGCAUGAUAUCCAGCAUCACCCGCAAGAGAUUCUUUAGGGAACUCAGGGAGCUCAAGACCUUUGCCAACUACGCUACGUGCGACCGCAGCAACCUGGCUGACUGGCUGGGCAGCCUGGACCCGCGCUUCCGCCAGUACACGUACGGCCUGGUCAGCUGCGGCCUGGACCGCUCCCUGCUGCACCGCGUGUCCGAGCAGCAGCUGCUAGAGGACUGCGGCAUCCGCCUGGGCGUGCACCGCAUGCGCAUCCUCAUGGCCGCCAGAGAAAUGCUACACUCCCCUCUGCCCUGCACUGCCUGCAAGCCGAGCGGGGACAUUCCGGAUGUCUUCAUCAGCUACCGCCGGAGCUCAGGCUCCCAGCUGGCCAGCCUCCUGAAGGUGCACCUGCAGCUGCAUGGCUUCAAUGUCUUCAUUGAUGUGGAGAAACUGGAAGCCGGCAAGUUUGAGGACAAGCUCAUCCAGAGUGUCAUGGGUGCCCGCAACUUUGUGCUGGUGCUGUCAGCCGGGGCCCUGGACAAGUGCAUGCAGGACCAUGACUGCAAGGACUGGGUGCACAAGGAGAUCGUGACUGCUUUGAGCUGUGGCAAGAACAUUGUGCCCGUCAUCGAUGGCUUCGAGUGGCCAGAACCGCAGGCCCUGCCCGAGGACAUGCAGGCCGUGCUCAGCUUCAACGGCAUCAAGUGGUCCCACGAGUACCAGGAGGCCACCAUUGAGAAGAUCAUCCGCUUCCUGCAGGGCCGCUCCUCCCGGGACUCGUCUGCAGGCUCUGACACCAGUUUGGAGGGUGUUACACCCAUGGGCCCGACUUAACCAGUCCCUAGUCCCCACGUCCUGCUGUGACCCCCAUUUCCAUGGUCUCCCUGGAAGGAGCAGCUCCGCACACCGGCCUCCCUGGGCUGAGACAGCCUGGGCCCUUCUCAGGAAAUGGCUCUCCCUCUCCCAGACCCCCAUGGGCCACCUCUAACCCAGCUUCCUCAGUAUCCAGAAGGGGAAGCGAGGCAUUGGGUAAGGGUUAGACCACCCUUAAGCCCUGCCACCAGGUUCUCUGUCUCAGGUGUGGGAGGGUCACAGAUCAGUUCUGGAGACACUGAAGAGCGAGGGUUCGCUGCACACAACCCCCUCUCCUGCCCUGACAUCAGCCAGCUUGAGUAGGGGACGUCAGGCAGCCUCCGACAGGAAUUAAGGCAAUGCCCAGCCCUCCCAGCCCAGCGGCCUGGGCCUGGGAACCAGCAGGGAUAAAAGUCCACUGGUGGCUCUCCACCUACACUGCGCUGGUCCUCAGGCUCACCACUUCCUGCCGCCCUGUGGCCUUGCCCUGAAAUCACUCAGUGUCCUUAGCUGACCUGGUCUGGUCCCAAGUCCCCUCCUAGCCUCCCUGAGGCACAGCCUCUCUCGCCACAUCCUGGGUCGGGAUUGGGCUGAGCCAGCCCCUCCUCUGGCUGCUUUGCGGCUACGGCUGGGUUUGAAGCACUCACAGGUCAUGGCACUCCCUGCUCGGGCCUGGGCAGGGGCGGCCAUGUCUCAAAGGGCUGCCAGCCACCCUCCCAUGCCUUGGUGCUGUGCCUCAGGCUCUUGCCCCCCCUGGCUCAGCUGGCCUCCCCAGCCCCUCCCAGCAGUAGCCUGGGCAGAGCCUGCAGCUCCUUGGGAGGAGGCAGUGUCCUGAGGAAGGGCAGGCGGUACAUUCAAACCACCUGGGAAUUUUGUUACAAUUCCAUUCAGGCGACCUGGGGUGGGGCCUGGACUUCUGCAUUUUUUGAUUCCCAGCUGAGCCCAUGAUGGUGGUCAAGAAAUGACACUUUAAGUAGCCAGGCUCUGAAAUACAAACCCCUCACCCCCCUUUACCAGCUCCCCGGCACCCCGCUCCAUGGUCUCCGCAAUCAUCAGAGCCAUUUUACGUUACCCGGUGUUAUCUCCGUUUUACAGAGGAGUCAGAUGAUGUGCCAUUUUCUAAGCCAUGAGUGGCAGCCCAGGAUGCAGACCUGGCCUCCUGGUGCUCAGCCCACUGCUGGUGGCACUGCCCUCCGGAGAAUCAUGCUGGAGGCUGAGACCCGGCUGGGCUGCCGCUCCACAGACAGCUGGCUUCUUCCUCGCCCCAAAGAAUCUAGAAGUGGGGAUAGGUUUUUGACCGAGGGGCUCUACGGAAAUAAAUGAGCAGGAAUACCCCUCUGCCCCUUCCUCCAGGAGGGUAGGAAGGCUCCAGCUAACCAGGCCUGCCUCUUCCCUCUUGAGUAGCGUGUUCGCACCUCAAGGCUGGCUCAGCUCCCAGAGUGCCUCCUGCAGGUGCUGGCCAGGUCACUCUUAGCUCUUGAGCCACAUGGUCAGGAAGUCAAAGGUCUCACUCCACCCUCGGUACUUCUCCCACUCCCCUCCCUGCCAAAGACACUGUUUAGCUGGCCCUAGCCCCAACUCUGGCUUUGACUGCACUUCCUCGUUCAUGCCAACAGGGGGCCCACCGCUGCCGGGCCCUGGCUCUGAUGGUGACUAAGGCAGACUAGACAUUGCGCUCACAGAGCAGAGACAGUAACAAUACAGUGUGGCGAAGACCCUC